AUGGAGAAUGCCAACCUCUGGACUCGACGAUCUAACAAUGCCGCAAAGCUGUCACUAUCCGUGAAGGACUCUGACAGUAAGGACGGCAAUAAAGUUGACUCCCCGCGAUCAUUCAAACGAGCUGGCGAUACAUCAUCACAUUCCAAGCGAGAUCCCUUCAGCGCCAUAACACCGGCUGCGAUCAAGUCUCCGGCAGCGGGCGCUUCUUCGGCCUUUGAUUUGGGAGCCGGCGGUGCUUUUGCUUCUUUUGGUUCAGCAAAGACGCCCAAAACUCCAGGCGCAGGAACAGCAUUUGACUUUUCUACAAAAGACAAGAAGGAGAAGGAGCCGGAAUCAGCUGUGGGAAAGCCAGAGACGAAGGCCCCUGUAGACACAUCAGCAACUGAUCAUCCUCUGCGCAACAGUUGGAACCUGUACUACCGCCCUCCAGCGAACAAGUACUCCGACUACGAAAAGUCGACGACCAAGAUCGCCACUAUCUCUACGGUCGAGGCAUUCUGGGCCAUCUACUCUCACCUCAAGCACCCGUCAGCUCUCCCGACCGUUUCAGAUUACCACAUUUUCAAGGACGGCAUUCGGCCUGUGUGGGAGGACGAAGCCAAUAAGAGAGGCGGGAAGUGGAUUGUCCGCCUUAAGAAGGGCGUCGCGGACAGGUACUGGGAGGACCUGCUGCUCGCCAUCAUCGGCGAUCAGUUCCUCGAAGCCGGUGACGAGGUGUGCGGUGCGGUGUUGAGCGUUCGGUCUGGUGAGGAUGUGUUGAGCGUCUGGACAAAGAUCGACGGAGGACGCAACAUCAAGAUCAGAGAGACGAUCAAACGCAUCCUCGCCUUCCCACCGGACACGAACAUCAUCUGGAAGAGCCACGAUGACUCCAUCGCACAACGCUCAGCCCUCGAUGAGGCUCGCCAGCAAAAGACUAGUGGUGCUCCUGGUCAGGAUCGCCCUGAAGCCUUGAGAAGGCGGACCACCUUGAACGACGAUUUGGAUCGUGGCAAGGGCAAGGCCACUAGUAAUGUCCUCGAUAGUAAUUGCUCUGUUUUCGCGCUUACCAAGGAUGAGAAAAAGAAGAGACGACGGCAGAUGUUAAAGUCCUUUGCUCAAGGCAUCGUAACUUCCAUCAGUGACCUCUUCCACGACUCACAUGGCAGCCACGAUCGGUUCUCACCUGAACUCGAGGCGCGCAUUGAUCCCCCACCUCUACCACAACGACCGCCCAACAACCACAAACGCAAACGUGUUGCGGCAUAUUGUUCCGUUACUGAACAUGAACGUUCCUAUCCUUCCAAUUCAAAGAGACAGAGUCGCCGUCGAUCCCUCAUGAGCGACUCACCAUUCUUCGUGCCGCCGCCUAAGAAUCCGCUGGACAAGAAACAAAUACCGAGCAAACAUGUCCAUGAAGUAGGCGCAAAUGCUGCGCUUUAUGCGCUCCCACAGCAACGGAAGCCUCGCUUACCCGUGGAGAUAUCGGACUCUUUCAGCGACGACGUUGACAGGGCGAUCACACUUCGAGGCUCGCGAUCGUCCUCACCACGCGCAACGAACCCUCUUGUUAGGAGCAACACUCGUGCGCAACAGCGGCAGCACGAGCAGCGUCUGUUACCUCCAGAACGAUACACACCGGAUCCGGAUGCAUUGAUCGUCGCCGAUCCCAUGGCGAAGAAUCAGCAGUUCACAAGCGGCAAGAAGGGUAUACCAGGAGGCUUCCAGCCACACAACACACUGAAUCAAAGCAGUGGUGGUCCAACCCAGUCGAGAUCUCAGUUCAUAAGCCGCAACGUGCGCAGAUAUCCAGUAGGGUCCGAGCCUCCGAACAAAAAGCAGAAGCUCGACCACACUGGUACCAACGGCAGUACGACAACCUCGAGUCAGAACCAUAGAAAGUCCCCGUCGGUAACAUCCAUACCUGAAAGCAGCAGCACAAGCCAACUGAGGUCUGCCGUCAGGAACCUUAACAAUCCGAUCGCUCGUCGCCCUACCAGCGCGCAUGGGUCGCCAGUAGUGAAUGGAUCACGACCGAGGGACACUGCACAAACACAUGCGGGGUCAUCGCAUCAGUCAAAGCGGCGGACUCAGUCUUCCGCCAGCGACGCCAUUGUCUCGCCCUACUACAUGGCGGCAACUUCGACCAACGGUGCAAAUGACCGCAGCAAUCCAGAGACAAUUGAGAGCGGAAGUGAUGGCGAGAGUGGCUCCGAUUUCACGAAACAGGCCGCUGCGCAGCGCAGAGCCGAUCGAAUCUCCACGGUCUCGCCGACUCGCAGUGUUCAGAUGAUAGAUACGAAUGGUGCCGGCACGUCCAAAACCACGCCGACACACCUCUCGGAUUCGAAGCACCUCUUCGCACCAGCUGAGAGUCCUGACGCGCUGCAAGAGGACUUUGAAGAGCCGAAUACAGUUACUUCGGGGAAGGCGGCAGCUUUGACCAGUCCGAAAAUCAGCGUUGCUCGACAAGAGAGAGAGGCUAAGGGCGGGAAGCGCCUUAUGGAUUUCAUAAUGGGUGAUCCCAAGAGAGGCAGCCUGCAACGGGAGCCAAAACGACCUACACCUCCACCCACCGGGCUUGAAAUCUUUAACCUGGUGCGACUCGCAGCUAAUGGUCUACAACCCAAGCCCGAUUUCUAUGAUUUUGUCGUCGACAAGAAUGACGAGAAAUGUUGGAUCAACAUCACCGACCCGGAACUCAGUUGGGACGCUGAACAAGGCACCUUGGCUCCUGUGAAAGGCCCCUGGAGAAUCGCCAGCAUUAUCAACAUCAUUUACAGCGCAGAUCCUGCGCCAAUUGUGCUGCUGAAGUUUCGUGGGACUCAAGCCGGCACGUAUUUUCAGAUCAUAUUCGAGAUGAAGAGCGAGAAAGCUGUCGUUGACUUCGUUAAGGCACUACAAGGCAUAGAUGCGUCGUUGAAUGUCCAUACAAGGGAAAGCACAUGGCUGGAAAAAGUCUUUCGGAGACAGGGACCAACAGCGGUGUCCGGUAGCUACGACGAGUCCACCGGCAGUAGAAUGGCUGCGCCGUCAGGUGAGAUCAAGGAGAAGCGACGAAGAAAGCCGUCAGCAACGUCUGAUAGCGACGACGAAUUCACGCGCGGACCGGGACUGGCAUCGGCAGCUGUGAUCAGAGAGAAGAAGGGACGCCAGCCGGCGGAUCUCAAGCGAACACGCGACAUGCUCGACCCUCCCAGGAAGCCAACGACAGUGAUAUCAGGCAGUGAGCGCUCAGGCACGAGCAAUGCGCCACAAAUCUCGACCCGGCGAACGAGAACCUCCACUGAGCACGACCAGCAGCUGUCGUCUGCGCCGUCAGAAGAGCUUAACGAGCUUACACAAAUCAUAAAUGGCCGUCCGCAGCGGGCCCGCGCAACGCGGCGCGCACAGGAAAGGGAAGCAACACCCCCAAGACCGGUCAUCAAAUUCUCGGAAACGGUUGGUUUGGGAGCGCCAUGGAAGAAGGCGCUCAUCUAUCCUCCCGAGGCAAAGAAACAGGUCGAGGUCGAUUUCGGCUCGCUCAAGCGAUUCGAUGACGACGAGUUCCUCAACGAUACUCUGAUCAAUUUCUUCCUGCGGUACCUACAAUACCAGACUGAGGUAAGUAACUCGCGAUAUUCGACCAAGCUACAUUUCUUCAACACGUACUUCUAUGAGAACUUGACCAAAGGUACCAAAGGCAAAGGGAUCAACUUCGAUGCCGUGAAGAAAUGGACCAAGACUGUAAAUCUGUUCAGCCGGGACUUUGUCGUCAUACCAGUCAACGAGAACCUGCAUUGGUACGCCAUUAUUAUCUGCAACCUGUCAUCCUACAAUCGACCUCCAGAGGAAGUGGCUGAGGAGGACGAGAACGAUCAGGUACAAGAAGUACAGAACCCUGACGAUAUUGAAGACCCCUCGGAUACCACCAAAGCAACGAGAGAGACACAGGAAUCGUUCGAAGAGCUCACAAUAGCCUCAAGCCCUGCAAGAAAAUCAAAAGGCCGGAAGAAGAAGAAGGCGGCACCUCUCAAGAAAUACGACACCAAAAAGCCCGUCAUCAUUACACUCGACUCCCUCGGUCUUGGUCGGACUGCAACCUGUAGGCUGAUCAAAGACUACAUUGUGGCAUUGGGCGAAGACAACGGCAAGGAGAUAGACAUUGACGAAUUGAAAGCCAUGACAGCCAAGAUGAUACCGCUGCAAAGCAACUUCAGCGACUGCGGACUCUAUGUCUGUAUGUACCUGGAGCAGUUCAUCAAGAAUCCAUACCAGUUUGUGGAGGAUAUACUGCAACGCAAAGCCGAGGUUGGCUGGCCAGACAAGCCCGACGGCAGUGAUUUGCGGUACCGAAUGAGAAGUCUCAUCAUGGAACUUCAUCGCGCACAGGAAAACGAGGAGAGCCAGUGGACGAUACCAGGUCUGGGUAGUGUGAUGGUCGACAUGAAAGAUUCGUCCAAGGCUCUGCGAAAUUUUGGGACUGCUGUCACCGACAAGGAGGGGGAUGACGGGCAGUCGUCGCCUCACGAGUCUGUCCAGGACAUUCCGGAGCUGAAGUCUGAUCUGCCGCAUCUUACUCAUGAGCGUUCAGUCGCAGAUCAAGAAUCAGAGCGGCCGGCGCCUGGCUUCGACCGCCUGCCAUCCCCACCCAGAAAGUUCAAGAGAGUGAAGACAAAGGCGCCUGAGCACAGCAUCUCGAACUCCUUCUCCACUAGUCACCCUCCGCCACGCAAGCUCUCACCUCAACGCACAGUUACGUCUUCACGUGAGGCUACAGCACAGCGCAAGGAGCUCAAGAAGACUGAGUUUCACGUUAUUGAGGACGACAGUGAUGCCGAACCUGAGCCAGUCCGGCCUGUACGAGGUGGGAAGCGACCAAGACUGUCGACUCCUGCCGCACCUCACGAGGGCAGUAAUGCCGCGCAGCCUGAAUCUCCACAGCCAUCGCCUGCGCAUGCUCGAGCCAGCCCCGCCGACAGCGUCACAACUCAGAAUCUGCAGAAUGGUAUGCAUAUGAUGCGGUCUGCGGACGGUGCUACGAAGGAGGGAGACGUUGACGACAGAAACGAUGACGACUUGCCAGCAUGGGCAGAAUCUCCUGCCGAGGGAGUAGAUCUGGAUGCGCUCGAGCAUGGAGUAGAUCAGCAAGCAAGGAGCGUCAACCAAGAGAUUUCGGACUCGUCGUCGGAGAUUCCUGAGACCCCGGAUGCGGACAUUUCGCAGCGGGAGAUGGGGAGCAACACACCCCUCCUCCCACUCCGCACCAAAACCCGCGGCCCAGCCUACGCCCUUCCUCAACUCCCACCGUCCACCAACGCGCUUGAUGUCGAUCCGGACAGCGAGUCAUACGAUAUCCUCGACGAAGUCCUGUCCUUAUUCCGCGCCAACACCUUCUUCCGAAACUUCGAGAUCAAGGGUCCCGCCGAUCGGUUACUGAUCUAUGGGAUCCUGUUUGUGAGUGAGUGCCUGGGGAAGGUGAAACCUGGGAUGGACGCGAGGGCGGCGGAGAAGGCGCUGAUUAAUGGCGCACUCGACCAUUUCGCAAUCCCCUCAGACCCCAACUUCCCACUCAACCAAGCUUUCGAAGGUCCCAAAGACAGACAAGAAGCGGAAGUCUUGAGGAGUUACCUGAGUCAGGUACGGCAGGAGUUGGCUAUGCGGUUACACGCGCGUUUGUAUGAGGGUGGCAGUGCUGGGCCGAGUAAGUGGUGGCUGAGUUUUGGGAAGAGGAAGUUUAUGGGGAAGAGUUUGUGA